CAGCUCAGACUUUUGCGCUUGUGAAGGAAAGACACGAACAGAAGAGCCGGGCGCUGUUUUAACUGAAUGAGCUGGAAACUACUGACACACGACAUCUGUGAAUUUGAGCUUUUUUUCAUCACUUUGCCGUGGAAGUAAUCGCGUCCGUUGUGGAUUUAACUGAUCUGAGAUCAUGAAUUAAGUGCUGCGUUCAUUUAACCAGCUCGGAUCGCUGUAAUUUAAAGACAUCUGUUGGAGCACCGGGUCUCUGCGCUUCUGAAAUGGGAUUUUAACUUUACACCGCGCGCGUCUCUUUUGGAGUCAGUUCGCCUGGUUUUAGAUUUGCGCUCUUCCAGAAAUGGUGGGCCACUUACAUUUGCAAGCUAUGGAUGAAAGUCUGAAAGGAAAGAACCGGGAGGGACUGCUCGACAGUCCGGAUUCCGGACUCCCACCGAGCCCCAGCCCGCCCUUCUACUCUCUGUCGCCGGGGAUCAUUGAGUCGCGCUCUGGGAGCUGUUCGACGCCAACCGAGCUGCAGGGAUACAACAGAAAGGAGAGCCGUGAGGGCAAACUGUUGCCGUACUUGCUGCUGAAUUCGCAAGGUCAAGAUGCUAAAUCGCGCAUGUACCCUGUGGUCUACGGAGAGAGCAUUGAGGUUAACCCCAAACCAGAAAAAGAGAUCAAGUUUAAUUCGUCGGUGAGGUAUGCUUCAGACAGACAUUUUCGUGACCAGGUGUACUGCGCCCAAGUCCCGACCGCCACGUCCUUCAGCGAGACUGUUGUGGCAGUUCAGAACUGCACGUGGCGCAGCUACAAGACAGAGGUUCACUUCGAGCCGCGGCACAGGCCGAUACACUUCCAAAGCACAGCCAUCGUGUUCCCUAAGCACGCUCGGAAUACAUACCGCACCACGCUAAACUACAACGGCAACAAAAACGGAGCCGGACGGCGAAGGUUCGUGUCCACGGUCAGGCUGGAAUCCACGGAGGACGUCAGUCCUUGUAUAAUUUAUACAGAAGACCUCUGAGACCUUGGAGAGAUGUAAUCUUUCCCAAAAUCCCCAAAAACCCGUUGCCUAGAGCUACAGUGAAAGUGCUUGGACUUCUGUUACCAAACCCCUGAUAACAAAUGAAUGGGUAGAGACUUCAAAGGUAGAAAGAUGAAAAGAAAGUAUUUCAUUUUGUUCGUUUGCAAUCGGUCAGGUUGGUACUUGACAGUGGAAGUGAGGUGAAGCUGUCUGUGUGCAGCUUUUGCAGUAUAUUUGUGUUUUCUGUGUCAUUGGUGUAUUUUUGUAUAUUGGAGGUGUUUUAUUUUAAUAUCCAGUCAUACCAGACAUGUGGGAAGAGCAGAUGGCGUGAAGUUUGUUAUUUGUUUAUUCGCAGGCCUGCAUAGAGUCUGCAGAAUUCAACCAAAUGUCAUUUACAACAUUCUAGACAUCCCUCAUCAUUUGCACAUUUGAAAUUACAUGAAAUUUUCAAACAACUUUUUGUAUGUAUGAGGUACUGAAAUGGAAUAUGCUAAAUUCCAGUCAUUUUCUUUUAAGACAAACCUUAUUUUUGGAUAAUUUUGUUAGGUUAUAAAAAUACAGUUUAGUUGUGCUCAAUGCGAGAGCCAGCACAAAGUAAAUUGUGAAACUCAAAAAUGUCAGAGAACUUGCUAAGAAAAUACGAACUGUGUAUGAGUUGCAGUUCUAUUCUAUAAAUGUCUUGGUUGGAAUAAUAGCAAGUAAAUGAGUAGAAGCACUUGAAAGGUUGGACCAAAGAUUCUUUCAAAUGAAAAGAAAGGGAAAAGCAACCCUAAAUAUUUCCCCCUUUCUGUUUGUUCCUCAGAACAUGUGGAAUAAUUAUUGCACAACAAUUUUAGAAACCGCCCAAGACUCUAUAAUAAUUUAAAGCUGCAAUCCGUAACUUAUGCUUUAAAGGUCCAGUUUAUGAUUUUUUUUCGGGCUACUAGUGGUGAGGUUGCAAUUGCAACCAACAGGUCCCUCCAACCCUCCCCUUCAAGAUAGUGGUGGCUAACACAGAACUAAGAUGUCGUCCUGUCGUCUUCGCUUCUUUGCUGAAGGAGAAUACGUAUUUACGCUCUGUAGAGCAGUUUGUCCGUUUAGGGCUACUGUAGAAACAACAUGGCAAAUUCCGUGUAAGGGGACCCGCAGUGUAUGUAGAUAGAAAUAGCUCAUUCUAAAGUUAUAAAAAAUAACGCUUCAUUAUGUAAGGUCUUUAUACACCUCUGAAGACAUAGUUUUGUAUAUUAUAUUGCAUUUCUGUCAAUAGAUCCCCCCAAAAUUACACACUGGACCAUUAAAUCACCAUCUCAGUUUAUAACAUAAAAUUGCAGGAUUAUUUACAUACAAAUCUUUACAUAUGAGGAAGCCGAACUGAAAUGUCCUGCAAACUUGUACUCGACAGCUCAACAUAAAAAUCAUUAUUAUAAACCUACCAUUGUGAAUCAGAGCAGUUUUUAAGACUGAUUUACGUACUUCCGCAGUAACAGAUUAUUAUUCAUUAACUAAAAAAAGGUACCAAUUGCAGCUUUGACGGUCAGAAAUGAUCUGCGCACACAAAGCUGGUUAAAGAAUGACAAAAAAUGCAAGAAAGAAUACAGGAUGUUGGAGGUGAAAUGGCAACAGAUCGAUUAAGCAUUUAUUUAAUGGGAACGAUUCAGGACAUUUUGGGGAAGAUUUUUGGAAUCGUUAUGCCAGAUGCUGGUUUUGUGAGAGAUUUUAUCACGCCGCCAUUAACAAUCUGAAAAGUUCAUCUGUGGGAAGCAGAGUUCUUUUACCUCAUGACAUUAUCAUCAUCUAAAGCAGAGUCCAAUCAUCUUAUAUAGUUGGAUACCCUUUGGUUUUGUAAGAAAUUACUAAUUUGUCCUUUUUGGAGCCAGUUGGUCUCAUACAACAUCUUGAUUACCAACUGGAACUCAUGUGACCUCCAGCAAACCCAUGUUUCUCUUUAAUGUGUUAUACACGAAUGCUUUCUUACAGCAGGGAGGGAACACAUUCUGUUCUGACAUGGUUUCUUCUUUUUGAAAGCUUAUGAGAUAAAACGCACCAACUUUUUCAAAGGGGUAUUUUGACUAAGCAGUCAAGCGUUGUGGACAUGGACUUUAUUUCUGUCUUAUGGACUAUAAAUUGAAAUUCUUUAAAAGCUGUACAUUUUGAUCUCUUACCUCAUUUAAGAAAAUCUUUGUUUUGGCUUUUAAGAUAUUUGUAAUCGUAUAUGCUGGGGAAAUUUCUGGUGACUGGGACUGGAAAAAAUGGAAAAGUAUGUAAUGGCACAUGCAUGUGAGUUUCGAGAGGAAAUGCAAGUUGAAACGAAAGGAACACAGUUACUGUACGUUAUGUAUUAUAUAACAAAUAUAUUCCAUAGAAAGAUACCAAUAACACAAGUUAAUAACAGCCAAAUCCAUUAGUAUUUCAUAACAGAUUACCAGACAUCAGACAAACUCCCUGUGUUGAGAUGGAUUAUCUGAGAAAUGAGGGCAAAUGAAAAAUUGUGAUUAGAGGAAUUUUAGAAAUGUCUUGAAAGCCAUGGAAUGUUAUUAAAGUGGAGCUGAGGUGAGGUGAGAUUUUAUUUUUUACACGUAUGGACUUCUGUGAUUAGCAUUUGAUUACCUUUGUUUGGUGUAAACUGAUUUUUUUCUUUAACGUGAUGAUUUGCGUUUAUGUAAAAUACUUUCCUGUUGUAUAUGUGGCAUACAGCACUAGUAAUUCUCUUUAUAUUUUUGUAUGAUUCCCAAGUUAAUUGUCAUCUUUUGAACAGAUAAGAAAAUAAUUUAAGAAAAAUAUGUAUAUCCAAACUAAUUAAAUAAAAACCCCAAACCCUAAAA